AUGACGCUAUCGUCGGUUUGGACGGAGAAUACCACUGCCGCCGCUCAAUCGUCAUCGUCGAAUUUUCAGCCAUUGCAGUUGCCGCAGCUGACGUCUCAUGCCUCCGCCCGGGCUCACCACCAGAAUUUAAGACAAAGAAAUGUAUUUCACCUGUUAGCUCGGAGGGAGGUAUCUCCUCGAACAAAGCGAUGUCCCAAGAGGUAUUGGGGUGAGGCUUCAAGUCGUGGUUCUAAUUCCUCUGGAUUAAAACGUGAAUCAGCGAUAGAUGCAAGAGAAGAGCUUCUUUCAUGGGUAGAGGCAGAGUCAUUGCUACAUUUAGCAGCCAAGUAUUGCCCACUCUUGCCUCCCCCCAGGUCAACCAUUGUAGCGGCCUUUAGUCCUCUCCCCAGGUCAACUAUUGCAGCAGCCUUCAGUCCUGAUGGGAGGACACUUGCUUCUACGCAUGGAGACCAUACUGUAAAGAUAAUUGAUUGCCACACCGUAAAAUGUUUGAAGGUGUUGAGUGGUCAUCGGAGGACACCUUGGGUGGUUAGGUUCCACCCGCUGUAUCCUGAAGUUCUUGCAAGUGGAAGUUUAGACCACGAAGUUCGCUUGUGGGAUGCAAAAACAGCAGAGUGUAUAGGAUCACGUGAUUUUUACCGUCCUAUAGCUUCUAUCGCCUUUCAUGCCCAAGGGGAAAUUUUAGCUGUAGCUUCAGGCCACAAGCUCUACAUGUGGCACUACAACAGGAGAGGAGAGGCUUCCACACCAACUAUUAUACUUAAGACACGCCGAUCACUCCGAGCAGUGCAUUUCCACCCUCAUGCUGCCCCAUUUCUUCUAACUGCUGAGGUCAAUGAUCUUGACUCAUCAGACUCUUCAAUGACUCUUGCAACUUCCCCUGGGUACUUGCACUACCCUCCCCCAACCAUAUAUUUGGCAGAUACUUACUCGGCUUAUCGAUCUAACCUGGGAAAUGAGCUACCCAUCAUGCCUAUGCCAUUUUUAAUGUGGCUUACAAUUGGCCGAGGUGAUGGAAGACUACCUACUCAGCAGACUGAAGUUGACACAAGCUCUGGUGUUUCACAACAGAGGGUGGAUUCUUCUGCCUCUGUGCGGCUUCUCACAUAUUCAACUCCAUCGGGACAGUAUGAACUAGUACUGUCUCCAAUUGAAUCUGGUAGUUCUCCUGUGCGAGAAGAGUCGCAAACUAAUUCUGUAACAGCAGAAAUAGGAAAUACUGUUUCUCAGCCUGCUGUGGAUCCAAUGGAAACAGAUGUGCAACCUGAAGACAGAGGCAAUCAGUAUUUUCCUUUCUGUGAUCCAGCAUACUGGGAACUUCCCUUCUUGCAAGGGUGGCUGAUUGGUCAAAGCCAAGCUGGCCAACGUUCAAUGCAUGGACAAGAUGAAGGUUCUACUGAAGGUUUGCCUGCCUAUGGAGAAAUAGGGAAUCCAUCGUCAAUGGUUCCCCCAGUUAUUCAGAAUACUGUUGGUAAUUCAAGAAGUGCAGGAAGAUCUGGUUCACAGCACCGAUCUUCACGCUCUGGCACAAUACCAGCAACUGGUCCUGGAAAUGGUGCUACUCGUAACAGUAUUCGGCAUGAUCAGAGCAGUUCUCAAUCUUACAUGAACCAAGUCCAUUCUGAACUAGCCACUUCACUGGCUGCAAGUCCAUCUGCUGAGUUACCUUGCACUGUGAAGCUUAGAAUAUGGUCUCACGAUGUGAAAAAUCCUUGUGCAUCUCUCGAUGAUGAAAGAUGUCGCUUAACGAUUCCUCAUGCUGUACUUUGUAGUGAAAUGGGAGCCCAUUUUUCACCAUGUGGAAGAUUUUUAGCAGUCUGUGUGGCUUGUACCCUGCCAAACAUGGAAGCUGAUCCAGGUUUCCAAGCACAGGUUCAGCAUGAUGUUGCAGGGGGCUCGACAUCUCCAACAAGACAUCCAAUUUCUGCCCACCAAGUUAUGUAUGAGUUAAGGACAUAUUCUCUUGAGGAGGCUACAUUUGGCUUGGUUCUAGCCUCACGGGCAAUCAGAGCCGCUCACUGUUUAACUUCAAUACAGUUCUCCCCUACCUCGGAGCACCUGUUACUUGCCUAUGGUCGCCGUCAUAGUUCACUUCUUAAAAGUGUCGUGAUUGAUGGAGAUGCAACAAUUCCCAUUUACACCAUUCUGGAGAUUUACAGAGUUUCUGAUAUGAAACUUGUGAGAGUUCUUCCCAGUGCAGAGGAUGAGGUCAAUGUUGCUUGCUUCCAUCCUUCAGCAGGGGGUGGACUUGUAUAUGGAACCAAGGAAGGAAAGUUGAGGAUUCUUCGUUGUGAUCUUUCUCGUAGCUUUAAACAUGAAGGAUCUUGUUUACCAGAUGAAAACAUGUUUGAGGUUCCUUCAUAUGCAUUGGAAGGCUGA